AUGUCUCUCGUCACCGGCGAGAAGUCAAACUUCCAAUACAUUCUCCGUUUGCUCAAUACAAACGUUGAGGGAAAGCAAAAAGUCAUGUACGCAUUGACAAAGAUAAAGGGUGUUGGCCGCCGAUACAGCAACUUGGUUUGCAAGAAGGCCGAUGUCGAUCUUAACAAGCGUGCCGGUGAGCUCACCUCCGAAGAACUUGAGCGAAUCGUCACCAUCAUCCAAAACCCGACUCAGUACAAGAUCCCCUCCUGGUUCCUCAAUCGCCAACGCGAUAUCGUCGAUGGCAAGGACUCCCAAAUUCUCGCCAACGGCGUCGACUCCAAGCUUCGUGACGAUCUCGAGCGCCUGAAGAAGAUCCGUGCUCAUCGUGGUCUUCGUCACUACUGGGGACUCCGUGUUCGUGGACAACACUCAAAGACGACUGGAAGACGUGGUCGGACUGUCGGGGUGUCCAAGAAGAAGGGUGGUUAA